AUGGCAGACAUGAAUGAGGUCUUGGAGAGGCAAGAGCGAGAAACUAGAGAAAGAAGGUGUAGACGAGCUGCAGGCAAAAGGGCGCAAAGAGAACUAAAUCCGCAAAUUGUCACAGCAGUGGCUUUGCUUGAUGAAGAAAACCAGAGCCGCUGUGGUUCACGGGAAGGCCGUGGCCCGAAUGUUAACAGACAUAUUCUCGGGAAAAAUUGUGUCGGAAAUUUGGGACUUCUUCCUGAGCAUAAGUUCACAGCCGUUAUACGAAUGUUGGCGUAUGGGUCAUCUGCUGAUCAGGUGUAUGAGAUUGCCCGGAUGGGGAAGUCCACUACUUUGAAGAGCUUGGUGAGGUUUUGUGAUGCAGUCGAAACUCUGUACACCAGGGACUACCUGCGCAGACCUACGCCCAGGGACCUGCAACGGCUUCUACAAAAAGCCGAAGCUCGAGGAUUUCCAUGA